UCGAGAAAUCCGGUCAAGUCGCGCGGUCCGCAGACGAGGUUGAUCGAGGAAUUGAUUGUAACGAGAGAGAAAGAAAGAAGAAAGAGCAGUAGAGCUGUCUCGCUGAACGAAGAAAUGAGAGGUGUUGUACUGUUACUCUGCUACGCGUGCACGCUGCUGAUUAGCGUCCAAGCCAUCGGCAAAUACCGAGGCCUUGAAUUUCUGGAAACAUGUUCCAGACAUGACUCAAAAUUGGAAGGCUGUUUAGCGAAAACGGCCAACACACUUGUCGCGCAUUUUCGUCAAGGUUUACCGCAAUUAGGCUAUCCAGAAGUGGAACCAAUUAUUCUGGACGAAUUGCAUAUCGCGUUGGGCGGCGGUCCGAAUGGCUAUAGAGCUCAAUUCAGAAAUAUUACCGCGAGAGGAGUCUCUACCUUGCGAGUAACUGGUCUCAAGACAAGAUUGAGUGAUGACGAGGUGCAGUUGCAACUGGCUUUCAACAUACCAAAGAUAAGAGCUGCUGCCAAAUAUCGAUCCAGUGGAACUUUAAUCUUGGUUCAAGCCAGUGGAGCCGGAGAUUAUUGGGGGGAAUAUGAAGGUGUUAAGGCUAAGGUUUUCAUCAGGGCAAGACCGUUUCUGGUCGAAGGUCGUCGUUAUCUGAGAUUACAACAACUAAAAAUGGAUUUUAGCGUACAAGAUAUUAAAAUGGGAGUUGAAAAUGUGCGCAAUAGCAAUAGCAUAUUGCUGGCGGCAUUGAAUCUUUUCAUCAACACGAAUAGUCAGGAACUUUUGAAAGAAAUGAAGCCGGAUUUAAGGAGAAAACUGGUGCAGGUGAUGUCGACUUUCGUGGAAAAACUUUUCGCUCAAGUGCCAUACGAUGCCUGGAUCGUGGAUUAAACACUUAAUCGGUAAUUGCUGAAAGCAAAAAUUGUCAAUCACGUAAUCGGUGCACUUUUGAACCGCGAAGCGAGGCUCCUCAGGCAAAGAGAAAAAAAAUUCCCUCUUCGUAGAAGUCGUGCGUUUUCGCGAUAUAACGAAGAGAUCUCUUUAUAAUACAAUGGGAAUACCAGAUGAUAGAUAUGUCACGCAAGUAAUAAUUAUUCUUAGAUAAUAUCUCUGACAAUAAGUUGAAAAAAAGUAAAACGACGAUUGACGCUCUUUUUAAUCUGACAUAAAAUACUCGAAGAGCGUUUGAUUCUACAGAGAUCGGUUAUAUGUUACAUACAGGGGUCGGUUAUAUGUUGCAUAUGUUGCAUACAGGGUAUUUUAUAAGAUCUGCGUCGCGAAUCUAAAGCGAAUAUAUUGAAUCAAAAAUAUUAAAUCUGAUGUAAGAGCGUAUCUCAAUAAUUAUGGAGAUAUUUGCACAGUAAAUUAAAGUAAGUUUAAGCUUCAAAGAUACAAUUUUAAAAAAAUAUAGUUAUAUAUAUACAGAUAUAUAAUUUUAAGCAUGAUAUCACAAGCGCGAUGAUUUGUAGUUUGCCUUCUUAUUCUUGUUAUUAAUGAUUA